GAGUCGGCGCCGUUUUCUGCGCGUACACUAACACGGAGCAUCCUUCGUUAAUCCUCUCCGGGCUCCGGUCGUCUCCGUGUGUAGCAUGAAAACCAUGUUAGCCAUUAUCUCUAACGCACUGUGCAGGAUGACCGGCAGGAAUGCGCUACAGCUCCUCUCUCACCUGUAGAGCUCCACUGGGCGUGCUCUGGUCUGAUUGGUUGGCUCCUUUUGUUCCCCAGCUACUGACUGACCUGUCAGAGUUUGUUGAUCUAACGUCGCCGGCGGCGCCCGCCUCUGCACAGACCCAGCGGCUUCCACCUAAACCGCCUCCAACAGCAGUCAGUACUAGAGCAGCGUCUGCGCUGUUAGUUAGCGGUUGUGCUGACAGACCAGUAAGGACUCGUGAAGCUUCCUCCAUGUCUGCUGCCUGCUCACUAACAGGGCCGGGGAACCUAACCAGAGCUGCUGCAUGGAUGGAUAUGUAUGAAUUAAGAACAAAUGACCCUACAGUAUAUGCACCGACAUGUCUCGUUAAUGCUGCACUCAGACCCGUGCAAAGCAGGGAGAUUUCUUUGAUCCCAAAAAUGAGGGAGCCAGAGUUGUUGUCUCCCGCUCCUUCGCUGACUUCACACCCCAGGCGACCUUUGACAUCAAGGUGGGCACAAACGAGAAUCACUAAUGGCAAUCGCAGACUGAAGGAAGGGGAUUUUUACCCCAUAAAGCUGCGAUCAGUUAAACAUCUUAGUCGAUACCGAAUGUAGCUCAGAAGAAUGUAACAUGAAGAUGGCAAGAUGAAACUUAUCAGGGUUAAUGCACAAACAGUCCUUUCAGAUAAAAUAUCAUGGCUAUAUUUGUAAAGUUGAUUCUGCAUCAGCAAUAGUUUCAGUGUCGUGAUCAUCAGCACGAGUCCACUCAGGGAUCUGUAUUCUGGCCUGAAAGACUACAGGAGGCUCAGCACUGUUGAUGGCU